AUGGGCCGGGCCAUGCCCCCGGCCCGCCCCCGGCCCCGGGCGGGGCUGCCCCGUGCCCGGCCCCGGCCGUCCCGCCGCGGUCUCGCCUCCGCCCGGCUCUGGCCGUGCUGGCGGUGGCGCUGCUGGGCGGGCAUCAGUGCCUGGGGCGGGGGCGGCAUCGCCGCCCUUCGGCUCCGCCUGGCCCGAGCCUGGCUCCCGACCCGACGCAGGCUCCAGUCCCGGCCCCGGCCCCGGCCCCGGCCCCGGCCCCGGCCCCGGCCCCGGCCCCGGCCCCGGCCCCGGUCCCGUCUCCGGCCCCGGCCCCGGCCCCGGCCCCGGCCCCGGCCCCGGCCCCGGCCCCGGUCCCGGCCGCGGCUCCUCCCGGGGCCCGUGGAGGACACAGGCGGCGCGGCCGCUCCCGCCGCCUCCGCUGCGGCUUCCCCGGCCCGAGCUCCGCCGCUCGGCAGCGCGGCCGCCGCCCCCGAGCCUCCCGUGCCGCGUUCCCGGGAGCGAACGCCUGGGCAUGGCCGGCCCGGGGCGGGUGAGGGGCGCUCGGGGGUCGUUGCUGGCCCCGGGCCGAGCGCUGACCGCCGCGUCCCGCCCGCAGGGACGGCGCAGGAGGCCCUGCUGGAGCGGUACCGGCUGGGAUCGCUGCUGGGGUGCGGUGGCUUCGGCAGAGUCUUCGCGGCCACGAGGCUCUCGGACGGCGCCCCGGUGGCCAUCAAAAGGGUGCCACGGAACCGCGUCCGGCACUGGGGCGAGCUGCCCGACGGCACCAGCGCACCCCUGGAGGUCGUGCUGCUGGCCAAGGUGUCCACUGGCUUCCCCGGUGUGGUCCAGCUGCUGGAGUGGCUCGAGCUCCCCAACUGCAUCGUGAUGGUGCUGGAGCGGCCAGAGCAGUGUCAGGACCUGCAGCGUUUCAUUCGGGCACGGCAGUUCCUGCCCGAGGAGGAGGCGCGGGAGCUGUUCCGCCAGGUGCUGGAGGCCGUGCGGCACUGCACCAGCUGCGGGGUCCUGCACAGGGACAUCAAGCCAGAGAACAUCCUGGUUGACCUGGACACCGGGCAGGCCAAACUCAUCGACUUUGGCUGUGGCGCCUACCUGCAGGACACAGUCUACACUCACUUUGCAGGAACACUGUCCUACAGCCCCCCGGAAUGGAACGACUUUGGCUGGUACCAUGGCGAGCCAGCUACCAUCUGGUCCCUGGGCAUCCUGCUGCACCAGAUGGUCUGCGGGGAGCACCCUUUCAGGAGGGGCCAGAACCUCAGCUGGGGCCAGCUCCCACUGCCACAACGGCUCUCUCAAGAGUGCAAAGACCUGAUCAGGUGGUGUUUAUCUGUGAACUCCUUGGACAGACCCGCACUGGAAGACCUGUUCUGUGAUCCUUGGAUGCAGGAUAUUCCUCUGCCAUAG